UGGACACUGGUCAGCCGGGUGACUACCUCAUAAAAUAGUAGUACAACGCCAGACGCGGGCGUCAGCUAAGCGCAUAAACUACACGGUGUGAAUAACUUUCGAUCGGUUCCCAUAUUUACCUAUAUAAAAAAAAGAGUUUCUUUAUUAAAAAAAAAAAAUACAUAUAUAUAUAUAUAUAAACGUAUAACAAAUAAAGUAAAACAAUAUAAAUAUAAAUAAUUACACAAUCACAAAAUGCGGACGCAAAUGUUGUAUUUGUUUAUCAGUGUCUACGUUCUUGGCUACUGCGGAGUGGACGCGCUACUCUGCUUCGAAUGUAACAGUCACAACGACAGCCGUUGCGCCGAACCUUUACCACCGGAUGUCUUGAAGAAGGACUGCGCCGAGCACGUCGAAGGUUCGAAGUACACGAUGUGCCGUAAAAUCACUCAAGUGAUCGAGUUCAGCGUAAACGGACUGCCAGCUGACACCCGAGUUAUCAGGGGAUGUGGUUGGGACGAAUCGAAUUACAAGGGCAGAUGUUACCAGCGAAGUGGUUUCGGAGGUCGUCAAGAGGUCUGCUCCUGUACUGCCGAUUAUUGCAACGGGUCUCCGGUGUCGACGCCGAGUAUUUUCUUAUUGUCCGUUCUGCUCGCGGGCUCCCUAAAUUUUUUGCGUAAUUAGUCGGUUUGGAUUGAUUGGAAAAUUUGAAAUUUGAUAAAAAAAAAUAGCACCGGACAAAACUGAGGCCACAAGUGUCCUCCGGACUGACCAUGUUUAGACAGUUUUUUUUUGUUUGAUAUAAACUUAGAAGAGGAAAAAAAAAUUAUGGAAAAAAAAACACAAUAAUUGAAACAGAAGAGGAAAUUUCGGGUAACUACUGCUACUGCUGCUGCUGCUGUUGGACGUUCAACGCAUCGAAGACGAAGUAUCGAGUGAAAACUCACCCAUCAGAAUGUAAUAAUUCGACUUAAAUGGCUGUGCCGUUUUGAGCGAGUCAAACGAUCGAAUCCAUCGUAAUUAUGUAAAGUCAAUCAGAUUGGAAUACAAGAAGCUGCCAUCGGGAUACAGGAGAGUCUGUUAAACGGAAACACUCAUAGAUUAUUUUAUCAUAAUUUGAGUUGUUCUGUUCUUAUUUUUUUUUUUUGUUUCGUUUUCUGUCGACAACCAUAUUCAUGUAUGUAAGAAUUAAUAUAUUUCGUAAAAUAAUAAUACAUCUUAUCUAUGAACAUUUUAAGAUA